AUGAUCUCAGUUCAAACGACUUUAAUACAUUACAGUUUCUCUAAAUUGUGUUCAAAUGAUCUUUUAGACAUAUUUGAGAAAGUGAUAAAUCAAGCUUUGGAUCUCCUUUUCCGGAGUAAGUUUUUGUGGGAUAAACAUUUAUUCGUACUUGUUGAUCUUAAUCUUUGUGCAACAAACUUGUUUUUAGAAACUGAUAAGCCUAAUCCAUUGAGAGAAAGGCUGAACGAAUUGGUUUGCAAGAAUUUUCCAAAAAUAUAUUUGGCGUAA